AUGAAGGAAGAGGAGGAGCAGGAGGUCGUCGCCACGACCUACGCCGGGCUGGAGUGGAAGGUGAAGCAGCUGGUGACGGCCGCCAUCAACGCCCAGACCAUGAAACCCGCCCUCACCAAGCACUUUGCCGAAGAGAAGCUCGAAGCAGCCAGCCUGGAGGACGUCAAGGCGGCACUCGACGCACUCCAAUCGAUUGAGGAGAGAGACCUCGAGGAAGACGAGGUCGAGCUCAGCAAUGCGAGCAAGAUCCACAUACUCAAGCAGGUGGUCGCCUAUCUCGAACACGCACCCUAUUCCGAGCUGCCAUUCAGCUGUGGUGAAGUCGUGAAGGAGGUGAUGGCCAACUUCUAUUCCAUCCGCGCCGCCACCACGAACCUGCUCAACUACCGUAAGCUACAAUCGAUCCACGACGAGAUCAAUGACGAGAACGUGGCGGAGCACUGUUACGAAAACCUUUUCAACUACCACAUUGAACCACUCGCCAAGAAUUCGCACGAGUUUCGCACUAUUUUGAAGUACCUGGGCGAGACCAACACGAUGCCCAAGACUUCGCUGCAAGUGAAGGAGGUGUUUGUGCUCAAGGAGAAGGCCGCCUACGCUGAGCACGUCCACGGCGCCGGAUUCGAGUCCACCUACAACGACGAAAAGCGUAUACUGCUGUGGCACGGUGUUCCGCGGCACCAGGUGUUUCACGCCCUCACUGCAGAGAUACCGCGAACGGCGCAAGGCAGCUUCAUGUUCUCGUCGCAGUUCGCCUACGCCGUGUGCCAGGAGCAGGAGACAUGCAACUCGAUCUAUCGGGAACCGGCAGCCCAGGAAAACGCGUGUCUGCUGCUCGCCGAGGUGGCCGUAGGGGAGCCGGAACGCACACUCGGUUCGGGGCGGUCGUUUCCCUUACUCACACUUCGGAACGACCCUUGUCGUCUGGCUCGCGACUGGACGAUGGAGCGCCUCUCCGACAAAGUUGUUCGAAAUGACCACGCCAUCCACAACGAAACCAACGCCCGCUCGCACGAGGUCACGAAGCUGCAGGACGGCGUCGUGGUCCCGCAGGGUCCGGUCCGCUGUCUACCUUUAGACCGGAAGAAGUGGCGCGAGUUCCGCCGGGGCCUCCAUUGGUAUCUGCCGGCCGCCAGCCCGCUUCUUGCUCUCCUUCUCGGCCGCGCGAAUGCUGCACGCGUCACAGCAGCCGUGCACGGCGUGUUGCGUACUUCAUGA